GCGUACAUCAGUUUAAUUUAUUUGAAACAAUAUGGCUGCGCCCAUGGAUGACAGUGGGCUUCAAAACAGAACAGCCAAUCCGUUAAUUUAAUGCUAUCUGUUUCUAACUAUAUCUAUAACUAUACUUAUGUAGGUAUAUUUACGAGUAUCAACUCGCUAGUGGGAUAACGAAUACCCCAAAGGCGUCCUAUAUUGAACCCCAUAGCUUUUCAUUGGUCUUGACCGCAGCGAUGCCGGCAUCCAUACAAAGCCUUCAGCAGAUGGCAAUCUUCGUUACCGUGGUAACCGGAGGGGGUUGUUCCAUGAUGUAUUACCUGAUGCAGAAGAACUUUGCCAGGUCUGAGCAUUACCGUUCGGCUUUGGAGCACCUCAGUGGUCACUCCGGAGCAAUGGAGAGCCUGGGAGCCCCGCCCCUCAAGGUCCAUAACAUCCACCUGACUGACAGAUACAACCGCAUGGACCAAAGCAGUGCUCAGCUUAAAAUCCCAGUGACGGGAAGCAAGACUGGCGGCUAUCUGUACACUUCCUCAAACAAAGAUCAUCUCAUAAACAGGUGGUGUUUACAGGAAGUGAUUCUUCAGCUGAAGGAUGGCCAAAGGAUUGAUAUUCUACGGUCUGGAACCAAGGCCCCAGACCACCCAGAAGAGCUAGAUACAGGUGCUGGGUUCUAACCUGUCACCUCUGCAGCCCUGGGUGCCUGGCAGAAGACAAUGAAGCGCUUAAGCUGCAGUCACACUGAAAGAUAACUAAAAGCGUAAUGAUGAAGAGAGUCACUCAAGUUCAGAUGACUGGAUCUGGUCACAUCACAGUCAUAACUACACAAAGGACUAUUAUAAGAGAACUGCUGUUGGGAUCGCGUGCAAGGCAGUUUUUUUUAAGUUGGCAUUCUAGCAAUAAAAACUUCAAGCACAUAAGUGCUUAAAUUGCUUAUGCUUUAAAAUAAAAGACUUAAGAGUGAUGAGGCCAUGAAAUUACCUGGAGUAAUUGAUUGACAUGUUGAA